CUCAAAACACCCUCUCCCCUCUCCCCUGAUUCAGAUCCAGUCCUCGCCGCCACCACCUACCUCAAGCUGAUCCUGCCGCCCGCGCCCGCGUGCCACCACCCGCUCCGCUCCUCCUCGCCUCCGGAGGACGCCCGCCGCUCUUCCUCCACCCGCCGACCAACCCCGUCCUGGAGGCCUCACUCGCCACCUUCCGCCGCAGGGCCACUGCGCUCGUCCCGCCCUCGGUGCCGCACCUCCACUGCCAUCGCCGCUGGCUCCUCGCCGACGCCUCCGCCCCUUCCCCGUCCAGCGGCGACCCGGCGGCGCCCCACCUCCUCCGCAGGCCGCUCGGGAACGACCACUGGAAGGACCUGGUGGUCGCCGUCCGGGACGGCGUGCUCAUCCCGCAGCCCGAGACGGAGGCCGUCGUGGACAUGGUCGCCACCACCGACUGCGAGCGGGCGUCCUGGUCCUCUCCCUCGUCGUCCUCGGCGGCGGCAUCUGCCUGAGCUCACACCACCAAGACCGAGAGAGAGCGGGAUGCAGACAAGGGAGAGCAGAGGCAGCGCCCACACUCGCGCCCGCACUCCCAUCCGCCUCCCGCCAUGGCGUCAGGGGUGUCCACGAGCAUGGUGCACCGGACGAUGUGUCUCACGGGGAUCGCGGGAUCCAUCGCCUACAACUGGUCCAGGCCCGGCAUGAAGACCAGCGUCAAGCUCAUCCACGCCAGCGUGGCGCCGAUGAUGGACUGGACAGACAACCACUACAGGACGCUAGCGCGGCUAAUAUCGAGGCACGCCUGGUUAUACAUAGAGAUGGUAGUUGCCGAGACCAUUGUGCAUCAGAAAGAUAAGUUGGUGUGUUUUUUUGGUCUUUCUUGGUCCGGUGCCAUUAAGCUUCAUUGCUUUGGGAUAACUGAUUUCAUUUAACCUGACUGAUAUUAUGAUUCAUGGGGAUUAGAAGUAUUUGCAUUGAUUAUACUAGUCAAGCUACAUCAAAUAUGGCAAUAGUAACAAAUGUACGAUAACUGUUUCGUGUGUACAAAUGUACAGUACAAUGACAUUUGCUUCCAAUAAGAAGUGAAACAUAUUUGAGAAGUGAGGCGGGGGGAUUCUUUGAGAGGCGUGCAAAUUAAUGCACCGGGGAAAUACCAUAUUAAACGCAGUUCUGCUGCAUGUUUCUUUCACUGGCGCCAUGGUACAACCCAUGUUAUGUCUGACUGUUAGCAUGAUAGCGGAUGAGGUAACACGCCAAACUCCACGACCAUAGAAAUAGGGAACUCAUAUGAUAAUAAACUCUGCUGAAAUCGGUUUACUUCGCUAGUGAUGUGAUGCAUGAGUUGUGUGCUAAUUUUGUCUGCAAGUUGAAAUCAGUUUAGCUCCAUCAGCAAUGCAUGUGGAGUUGUGGUUGUGGUUGGUACGGACUAACUAAUGAAGUAGUGGGUAGCUGUGGUGUGCCCUGCUGUUGGAAUGGUUCCGAUAACUUGUUAGCAUGUUCUAUUAGUUCCAGAGAAAAAGCGAAAUCCCAGCUACGCCUGCUUCAUGAUCCUCUGGUUCUGCUUGUACGUGCCUGCUGUCAUGUGAAUUGGCUAACUGUGGCUCAUAUUGUUUUCCCCAGGUAGCUCAUGGUGAGUGAUGCGGCUCAUUGCUGUCAUGUGAAUUGGCUAACUGCUGCCUGUUAAUUACUACUACUCACUGCUGAUGUAUUCUAUUAGCACCGACUCUGCUGCCUGUGUAUUAUAUAUAUUCUUCUUGCUCAAGCACAAGAGCACUAGUGCUAUCUUGCGGCCUGUGACAGUCCAUGGACAAACUCUGUUAAUUUACUCCGAGUGCCCAUAAUUCCCUCUCUAGCAGCACCACAUGUGCUCUUGUCUCACCCAUAACAACAAUUUACUAGUAGUAUGUCUCUUGGCUUGGGUGCUAGCUUAGGUCCCUUCUACUACUACUCCACUUAGUAACUUGUCUGUAUUCUAUUACUUUGUACCUGUGUGUGUGAGUUGUAUUAUAUUCAUCUUCCUCAAGUACUACAACACCGGUAGUUGUACACUAGUGACAGUCCAUCUAGUUUAUUAACUCCAAGUGAAGUGAAGUGAAGUGGGCAUAAUUCUCUAGAUGUGUUACAGAGUGCUAGUAUCUGUUUCCUUGCCUCGCCCACACAAUGUAUUAAUAUGUAUGUCUCUUCACAAUGUAUUAAUAUGUAUGUCUCUUGGCGCGGUGCUAGGUUGGUUCUACGCCUUCAAGAAGGCCCAUCGCCUUGACCCCACCUCCAGCUUUAUAUUAGUACUGCUUGUAGUGUACCUGGGAGACGAUCAUAUUGAGGAACCACUUUUAUCCUGCUUAGAUUCUUGAUUAUAUCUGAGUUGCAGUAGUCAUUGAGUCACUUACUAGCCUUAAUUUUUUUGUCGUCGUGUUUGUUUGUGUGCAUGUUCAAGGGGCUAUUGCUGGUGUGCUGAAAGUUGCUUAGAGCUGGAGGAGUGGAUGCAUGUGGAGUUGGAGAGGAC